AGCUGAAAGUCUCUGCAGUUCCUUAAAAAUGUUCAAAGCAAAAUUGAGAUCUUCAUGGCAGAAAUCAAAACAUUGCAAGCAAAACAUGUUGACAAAGACAUCAAUAUUAAGCCUUGGAAAGCAAAUGAAUUAUCUUUGUAUUAUAAUUGAGAAAAUGUCUGCACUUUUGCAAGCGACGUUUAUCCAAGUUAAGGGCCAUAAUCUCUUGCACCUAGCCAUACUGAAAAAUGAGCUAGAGCUAGUGUGCUCGGCAGCAAAUUUGACAAUGCCAGAGCGAAACGCCGUGCAAAUGAGAAUGAGAGAGCAAGAAAAAAAGUAUUGAAAGUGACCUGGAAAGCUGCUUGUCAUUAAUUGGUGCCAUGCUCCCAGGAAAGAAAAGUGAAGAAGUCAAGAUGAAAAUUGAGCAGGGAGAUUUUUUCAUUCAAUGUUGUAAUAGCACAGUCUGGUCCAUUGAGCAGCAAAAUGCACAGAUCAGACCAGGCCUCAAGUUUUUGCUAGGAAAGGGUGUGCUGACUGAUCAGGCAAAAUUAUUUGCGGAAUAUCAAUUGCAAAAAAUGGUCUUUGUGACAAAGAAAGAAAGAAAAGCUCUUCAAAGAUAAAAAUGGGGGAAAACAGCUGACAAUCCUUGCUGCUUUUGGCGUAGAAAAAGCUCAGCAGUCAGAUUGAAGCUCUGAAUCAAGUGAAAAUGACGUGGAUUCAUAACUGAAGUUCCACAAGUGUUAUAGCUUUAAUCGUAAACAUUCACUAGAAGUAUUUUCAGCUUUUAUAGUUAUGACCCUUUAUAGUUUAGAGGCAUUGAGACGUGGUAAAUACUGGUUCUCCACGGGGGGUUUGUCUGUUUCCAUGUGAUGAGUUUGUUUUAGGUGAUCAGACAUUCUUUGUCGAAAGCGAAUGAGAGAAAGAAAGAACCUUUAGAAACGGUGGAACAAAGAGCACUUACCACAUCGUGUGUGUAGUUUGCUUGACAGCCAAUCAGAUUAGCGAAGCUAUCAUAAUGACUAAGCAAUUUUUGCAAUUUGGGUAUACGCUUCCUAUUUACCAAAACUCAAUGCCUUUAACCGUUUUCAAUUUUUACUGACAGCUUUCAAGGAAUCAAUCAGACACAGCCUGGACAACACUCAUCAUGUGGUUAUAUCUGUAAUUUCAAAGGAGGAAUCUUUUAUUCUUCGUCUCCUUUAUUUUGGGCAGCAUUCUACCUGCUUGCUUGCACGCGCAUGUUGUUUAUUGCUUUCAGUGACGUUAGAGCAUUGAUCCGAUACGUUAGUACUUCCGCAAUGCAGUUAACGAGAUUCGUGUGAAAUCCCACGUCUGUAAUUAGAGGCUGAACAAUCUUUAGCGGGGGUUGAUAUUCUUAAUCCCUCUUUCCAAAGGUAAAUUCAAAAUCUUGCGUACAAAUCAUAAAGUUUACCAAAAGACAUCGAUGUUGCAAGUCUCAGAGAAAAUGAGUUUAAACAUAAUGAUAUUAUGGCAUAUUCUGGCAGUUUUGAUUACAAAUGCCGGCGGAAUGUGCAACAGUUCCACUACUUAUGCGAAACCGUCCACACAAACACUGUCGAUGUUGAACUACUUAAAUAACGAGAACUGUACCUUUUUCAUUCGACCUUCCAGGUCGUGGCCAUCAGCCAGUUACUACCUGGAAAUCAAGUGGAUAUCGUUUGACAUUGAAGGGAAAAUUCCAAAUUGUAGUGAUUAUGUCGAAGUAUUUCUCACGAGCAUCAAUUGGUCGCUUCACAAUGUUAAAGCAUAUUCAAUCAUAUGCAUCUGCUGUAACAUGGAGAAUCUGUGAAAUCUUUUCUCAAAGGGUGUUUGCUGCUAAAAACAAUUUCUUUCACCUGAUAUUUAAUAGACCGUGGACUAGAACUGGGUACCGUGGCAUCAUGGUUGGCUACGUGGCCUACAGAGAAGAUGAAAUUGAUGAAUGUACUCGAGGGCUCCAUCGCUGCAGUUCUAAUGCUUUCUGUACAAAUACGGUUGGCUCAUACCGAUGCAUUUGCAAAAGCAGCUACACGGGGAAUGGAUAUAGUUGCAUUGGUGUUAAUGAAUGUCUUCAAGGAACCCAUAGAUGCAGUACUAAUGCUACAUGCAUAAAUACAGACUUAUGGUACAGAUGCACUUGCAAUAGUGGAUACACGGGGAAUGGAUAUAGUUGUGUGCCAGCCGGUCAUGACUCUUCCUCUACAAGUAAAAGCAAAACAGGGGCCGCCGUAUACAUAGGCGGAGCAAUUGGUUGUGCAGUCUUCCUAGGAAUUGUAUUCAUUUGUUGUUGUAAGAGAUCGCAUCAUUGCAGCAGAACUUCUACAGCUACAGAAACGGGCCAUUCACAGUCCGCUACUUCAGGAACACUCAACGCAGCCAAUGCCUCGGCUAAUGAUACCCGUAUGCAGAAAACAGAGCAAUGGCAGCAGCCGCAUUCUGCUGUUGUUUUUAGUGAAGCAAAUGCCCCAUCCAUAAUAUUAGCACCUUUUCCUCAUUAUGCUGCGAAUACAACAGCAAUCACUAACACAGUAACAUCACCUGAAUACCCAACAGCCAUUAUGCCAAACGAUCUUAUAUCAGAACCGCCUCCUUCGUAUUCUGCUGUUAUGGCAUCAAACAUUUACUCCCCUCCACAGAAUCCAAACUUUGUCUAUCCAGCUCUGAAUUAAGUUAAUGGAUCAUCAUCAUUCGUGUAACAAUAAGGACUGCCGUUUUUAAAUAAUACCGUUAAGGUCACAAGGUCUACAUUUUUUAUCACUUAACUAAACCAGCAGUAGCAAUGUUUUCGCAGUCAGUCGUUACAAAAAUAACUUGCGUUCUAUGAAGAAGUUGAUAUCUUAUAUCCUCAUAUUUAUCUAUCAA